AUGGCGCCUACUACUGGCGGCGCAAAGACUGUUGUCGCUCAUCGACACAAAAAGAACUCCAAAUCGGCGGAUGCGACACCGAAAAAGCCAGAGACGAAGACACUGAAGAGAAAAAGAGGACAGGAUGAGCUCGAGAAGCUGAAGGCUGCCAUUCAGGAGCUUGACCCAAAAUCGCCAAACCUCACUAAAUUCACCGACCUCCCUCUAUGCGCCGCGACCGCGUCCGGCCUCCGUGCCUCCCACUUCGAGGUUCUGACAGACAUCCAAAAAGCCGCCAUUCCCCUCGCUCUCAAGGGCCAUGAUAUCCUCGGCGCCGCCAAAACCGGCAGCGGCAAGACCCUCGCCUUCCUUGUCCCCGUCCUCGAGAAGCUCGUCCAAGCGCAGUGGACUGAAUACGACGGCCUCGGCGCUCUCAUCAUCUCCCCCACACGCGAGCUCGCCGUUCAGAUCUUCGAAGUGCUCCGCAAAAUCGGUCGUAACCACGUCUUCUCGGCAGGCUUGGUCAUCGGAGGCAAGUCGCUCAAGGAAGAAGCCGACAGACUCGGCAGGAUGAACAUCUUGGUGUGCACCCCCGGCCGUAUGCUUCAACACCUCGAUCAGACCGCUGGUUUCGACGUCAACAACCUCCAAAUGCUGGUUCUCGACGAAGCAGACAGAAUCAUGGACAUGGGGUUCCAGUCUGCAGUCGACGCGCUGGUCGAGCAUCUCCCCAAAACAAGACAAACGAUGUUGUUCUCGGCCACCCAGUCGAAACGUGUUUCCGACCUUGCGAGAUUGAGUCUCAAGGACCCAGAGUAUGUCUCGGCACACGAGGAAGCACCGACAGCCACCCCGACCAAUCUGCAGCAGAGCUAUAUUGUCACACCCCUUCCCGAGAAGUUGGACACGCUCUGGGGCUUUAUCCGAACGAAUCUGAAGAGCAAAAUGAUUGUCUUUUUCUCGUCGGGGAAACAAGUACGGUUUGUGUAUGAGAGCUUCAAGCGCAUGCAGCCUGGUAUCUCGCUGCUGCAUUUGCACGGCCGGCAAAAGCAGGUUGGGAGAAUGGAGAUUACCCGAAAAUUCACCUCUUCCAAGUACGCUUGUUUGUUCGCCACGGAUGUUGUCGCGAGAGGAGUUGAUUUUCCCGCUGUGGACUGGGUCGUGCAGGUAGACUGCCCUGAGGAUGCGGACACGUACAUUCACAGGGUGGGUAGAACAGCCAGAUACGAGAGCAAGGGUCGGGCGGUGCUGUUCUUGGAUCCGAGUGAAGAGAAGGGGUUUCUGUCCAGGCUCGAACAAAAAAAGAUUCCGAUCACAAAGGUCAAUGUUCGGGAGGGAAAGAAGACGAGCAUCAAGGGAGAGCUGCAAUCUCAGUGCUUCCAGUCGGCGGACUUGAAGUACCUCGGACAAAAGGCGUUUAUCACAUAUGUGAGAUCGAUUUACGUGCAAAAGGAUAAGGAUGUGUUCAAAUUCAGCAAGAUGGAUCUGGAUGGGUAUGCGGCCAGUCUGGGAUUGCCGGGUACGCCACAGGUGAAAUUCCAAAAGGGGGCGGAGGAGAUGAGACGGGCGAAUAAGCAGGCCAGCAGGAUGGCGUUUGAUGUUGGGUCGGACGACGACAGCAGCGACUAUGACGCCGAGGGCAAGCCGAAGAAGAAGGAGGUCAAGACCAAGUACCAGAAGAUGGCGGAGAGGCAGAACCAGGAUGUGCUGUCUAGUCAUUACCGGAAGCUGGUUGACGAGGGUGCGGAGGACGACGACGAGGACGAUGGGUUCUUGUCGGUCAAGAGAGUGUUGGGCGAUAAGGAGCUGGAUGAAACUGCUGAAGGAAUCAACGGGAAGGAGAUUGCGGGCGCAAAGGUGGUCAAGAUUGGUGAUCAGGAGAUCGUUAUCGACUCGAAGCGGGCGGAGAAGAAGCUCAUGUCCAAGGCCAAGGUGGCCAAGAUGAUGGGCAAGGGGCAGAAGCUCAUUUUCGACGAGGAGGGCAAUGCCCAGCCAUUGUAUGUCUUGCAGGGUCUGGAAGACUUCCAAAAGGAGGGAGAUGCGAAGGAGCUCAGGCAAAAGUUCGUCGAGGCCGAAGGGGAGAGGGUCAAGGAGGCGGAUGUGGAAGACAAGGAGUUGGCUAGGAAGAGGAGAAAGGAGAAGAGGGAUCGGGCCAAAGCUAGAGAGAGAGGUGAGGAGGUGGAGAGGGAGAGAGGUCCGAUUACUCAGCUUGAUAGCGGGGAUGAGAUGGAUGAGGACCCGUUGGCUUUGCUCAGGAGUCUUCCUAUUGCCGGUGGCGGUGGUGAGCAGUCUGAGGAGGAUGAGCCACCGAAGAAGAAGACAAAGAAGUGGUUCCAGAACGACUCUGACGUGGAAGACCAGCCCGAACGGAAAAAGAAGGCCUCCAGUGGUAAAAAGGUCAUCGAAAUGGGCUACGAGCCGGAUAACUUGCAGGACUUGGAAGCCCUGGCUGCCGGUCUUUUGGAGGACUAG